CUCUAACUCUUUAUAGGGUCCACCAUCUGCCGCCUUUGCUCCCUUAUCGGCGUGUUGGUUUCCUGCGCAAGAAAGAGGUUAUCUUGCCACUUUCUCAUACCUUGGCUAUCCAAUAGGUGGCUUUGCCGGAAGUUUAAUAUCUGGACCUAUUAGUGAAAUCAACUUUGAUGGUGGUUGGUCACUAAUAUUUUAUUUUUUUGGAUUAUUUGGAUUACUAGUCAGCGUGCUUCUGUUUACCUUGUAUGCUGAAAAACCAACAGAUGAUACGAGAAUUUCAGAUAGAGAGUUGCAAUAUAUUCUCGAACAUACAAAAGGAAACACAGUUCAACAGAAUCCUCCUAUUCCAUGGAAAGGAAUUCUGACUUCUCUGCCCACCUAUGCUUUCUUUAUAUCAUUGUUUGGACAAUACUGGAUGAUAUUUUAUUUAUUAACAAUUCAUCCAACCUAUUUAGACUCUAUUCUUCAUAUACCUGUAAAAGAGAAUGGUCUUCUAAAUUCAGGACCUCAGUUAGCGCAAGCAUUAACAGGUUUCAUAGCAUGCUGGUUGUCUGUUUGGCUAAAAUACAGGAAUGUAAAAAGCAUUAGCUUUAUGAGAAAAGGAUAUAAUACUCUAGGUUGUUCUUUAUACAUUCUUGGAAUGCUUGGUCUGUAUUUAUCAGGAUGCAACAGAAUUGUAAACGAAAUAUUUCUUUUCAUGGCGGCAGGCAGUGUAGGGAUAGCAUUCGCCGGAUGUUUGAUAGUAGCUGCUGAUUUAUCACCAACGUUUUGUGGAAUUAUUAUGGGAUUAGGAAGCACAAUAGCUAGUUUAUCCGGUUUUAUAAUGCCUAUUCUUAUUGGGCAUUUAACGAAAGAAGAACAAACAAUGAUCCAAUGGCAUAAAAUGUUCCUUAUUACAUCAUGUGUUGUUUUUGUAUCUGGUACGAUCUUCCUAACUUUAGGCGCUGCUGAAAUUCAACCAUAUGAUCCAGCAUAUGUAAAAGACACAAAAGUGGAAACAAAAACUGAUCUCCCUUCAAAACACUUAGACAAGAAAGAAGUUACUAUCACAAAAUUUUAAUAUUAAUCUCUUUUACAAAUCAAAUAGUGUGGUUGUUGAAUGAAAUGGAAACGAUUGAAGCUAAAAUAAUAAAUAUUAAUUUUUAAUAAA